CACAGUCUAAAGACAAGCACAAAGCAACCUAUGCUGGAUUAGCAAAACGAAUGGAGACGAUAGAGUUUGUUGAAGACGUAGCCAUUAUGAAAGACAUUGGGCAGCUUUCAAUUUUGUCUGAAUUACUACAGAAGGACUGCACCAUUCUCAAAGAAACUGACUAUUUGCAAUUGUAACAUUGUUAGAAUUUCGGUAUUGAGAAAACUUUGGCGGGGUUUGUUUAGAAGGUACGAAUUAAAAGGCGUAGAAAAUGCAAAGUGUGUUAAGAUUGUACUUUGCAUCGAGAACGACUUUGUAGACUUUAUAUCGUUUUUCUGGUUGAUUUAUUCGAGACGAUUGGUACGAUUGUUGUAUGGUCGUAAGUUUACUACGAUGGAAGAUAUUUUAACCCUUUGGGAUGGUAUAUUUGCUGAUGGUCUCUCUUUGGAUUUAGUCGACUACGUCUAUUUAUCGUUGGUAUGCAGCAAAAGAAGAAAAUCUUUUCAAUAAAAUCAACGUCUUUCGUGAGAGAUUUGGCCGGUGAAAUUUCGACACGCUCAUCGCCAAAAAAAUGCUUGAUCCUAAAAGAAAAAUGGUUUAUCUGGCAAAAGAACAACUAAAGUCAUCUGUCGCUCCUGAGUUUCCCAACCAAGAUGCUUUUCAUUCAAGAAUAACGAAUGGAUUACAGGCUGUCUUGCGAGGCACCAGACAAAUUCCAUCAAAGAGAGGACCGGAAAUCAAUGAUACAUACAAUGCUGAAAACAGAUUGGAAAAUAAAUCCUCUGUUAAUGAAAAAAAGAAACCAGUUGAAAUGAAGGAGAACAACAAGUCAUCCCCGUCAUCCCACAUGUUCCCCAGUGAUCCUGAUGAUGACGAUUUAUUUAUGAUGUCACCAAGAUCCAACAGAACAUCUGCCAGCACGGCGUUUUAUCAAAACUAUCAUCGAAAGUUCGUCAUCCAAGUCGAACUGACAUCACUGCUUUACAGCAAGUAUGUAGAAACUGUGAAAAUUGUUUUCUUCUGA